ACCCCCACCGCCCCGCCCCGCCCCGCCCCAGCCCCGCCGGGCGCUCCGCGGCGCGGGGGCCCCUGGGCAGGGGAACAUGGCGGCGGCGGUGGCGAGGCUGGGGCAGGCAGGCGCGCGAGCCGGCGCCGCGGCCUGCUUCUCUGGCUGCCGGCGGUUUUUCAUCUGCGGACCAAAUGUGGUUUAUCAAGACAGCAGUGCACCACAAGCUACGUUCUUUUCACCUCUUCAAAAAGUGAUGUUGCCACCGAAUACCUUUCAAGGGAAAGUGGCUUUUAUAACUGGUGGAGGUACUGGGCUUGGCAAAGGGAUGACAACAGCUCUCUCCAGUUUAGGUGCCAAGUGUGUUAUAGCAAGCCGGAAGCUUGAUGUUUUGAAAGGAGCAGCAGAAGAAAUUUCUUCUAAAACAGGGAAUAAGGUUUAUGCAAUCCAGUGCGAUGUGAGAGAUCCAGUUUCUGUUAAGAAUGCCGUUGCCGAAUUAAUCCAAGUGGCAGGACAUCCUGACGUUGUGAUAAACAAUGCAGCUGGAAACUUUGUUUCCCCUUCUGAACGACUUUCUGCUAAUGCAUGGAAAACAAUAGUUGAUAUUGUGCUUAACGGUACUGCCUUCGUAACUCUGGAAAUUGGAAAGGAACUCAUUAAAGUACAAAAAGGAGCAGCAUUCCUGGCUAUCACAACAAUUUAUGCAGAGUGUGGUUCCGGAUUUGUGAUGCCAAGUGCCUCUGCCAAAGCUGGUGUAGAAGCAAUGAGCAAGUCUCUUGCUGCUGAAUGGGGUAAAUAUGGCAUGAGAUUCAAUGUGAUUCAACCAGGUCCAAUAAAAACAAAGGGUGCUUUUAGCCGUAUUGACCCAACAGGCACAUUUGAGAAGCAGUUAAUAGAGAGGAUUCCCUGUGGCCGUCUGGGAACUGUAGAAGAAAUUGCAAAUCUUGCUGCCUAUUUCUGCAGUGACUAUGCAAGCUGGGUUAAUGGAGCAGUUAUUAGAAUGGAUGGUGGAGAAUUUGUUUCUAUGGCAGGAGAAUUCAAUGACUUGAGGAAGGUUACCAAAGAGCAGUGGGAGGUGAUGGAAGCAAUGAUCAGGAAAACAAAGGGCUCAUAAAGUACCUAUCUCACUGUAUUCCUGGUGAUGUUUUUCGGAAACGAUCUAAUGAAUUCAUGAAUGUUUAGAAAUAACCUAUUAAGGAAUAGCCUUCAAAAUGUUUUAGAUGCUGAUUUCAGUAAAGUAUUCUGAAAUUGUAAUAUUUUGAAUAUAGCAUGUGUAUUUUUUUCUAAAAUAUCUGUUACCAAAAGUGAAUGACAGGUUUAUUAAAAUUUUACUCUUCUUUGGAUAAUGUCUUACGUAGCCAUGCUGUCAUCUAUGGUUAGUUUCCUUUUUAAUAUUUCAGAGAUUUUUUUUCCGUCGUUCAAGUAUAUGCAAGUAAUUAUUAAUAUUGUAAUCUCAGUAACAUUUCAAGAACGUUGUACCUGAACAUAAUUGUUAAUCUAAAAAAAACUAAGAAAGUAAGUCCUGAUAUUUGCAUUCCUGAUAUUUCAGGAAGCCUUAAAUUUGCAAAUGACUUUCAAGUUGUCAAUAGUAUAUAGUGAGAUAGAAUGUAAGUUCUAAUGUAAUAUUUUUCACAUACAAAGUUUUGAGAUAUAUAACCAUCUCAGUCUCAGCUUUUGUUGACAUUUUCAGUCUGUUAAUUAUCUUUUACUGAACUUUAAAAAUGGUAUCUAGGGAUGAAUCUUGCCUUCUUGAGUAGCUCUUUCUUUAUCAUAGAUUAAGUUAAUGUUCUUGAAAAUGAGAAACUAAAACAUCAUUUACUGUUAAUGUGUGUGUGACUAGGGCAGUGUCUGCAUAAAAAAGGCUUACUUAAACUAGUAAAGGACACUUGUAAUUUGGGACUGAAAGCAUUGAAAGUUCAUUGGCAGAGGUCUGUAGAAACCUAGGUUCCACUAGCAUUCACAGAUUGGUACUAAAGAAGCUCUAAGAUCACAUUACUUCUGAAAGUAGUAAGUUCAUUCAUCCCAAAUAAAAUGUGUCAACUUAGUUACAAGCAGGCCAUUUAAAAAAGGCAUGUUUAUUGUUGUCCCUCUUUUGGAAUUAUUAGAUUUUCCAGAUUUGUGGGGAUUGCCUGUUGUUCCCCUCUUCAAACAAUGCAUGGAAUUCUCCAAAGAAAUCUGGCCUUUACAGCCUGAAAUCCAUGCCAUUUUUUAAAAUUCUGUUUUAUUGCAAACCUCUUCCAUCCAUGCAUGCAGCCCUAUGUCUAUGCUUGUAUGUGCUUUCAGGCUGAUACACAGCGAUUUAAGAAUUGGAAUAUAAAAGCGGUUCAAGGGUGUCUUCCUUCAAGUGAUGGCAGUUGUCUAGUCCUUCUACUUGCACUUCAAGCCGUACUAACAUAUGCCAGCAUCUGACUUUGAAAUCACUUGAUAGCUUACUUCAGCAUUGUGUUAAGGCAAAUGUUCUGCUGAAAGGAUGGACUGUAUUAGCAUAGGUUUGGUGGAAUAAUAACAUCGCUUCCAUGUGCCAGCUUUUUCUUGCCAAGCACCAAUGUAAUUUGUGUACAUCUGAAUGUAUAGAUAUGCUCUCUGUCUCCUGAGUGUGUGGGUCCCAUAGGUGGUUGAAUAUCCUCCAUGCCAGAUAAUAAAGCAAAUCAGUUGAUCAUA